CCCUCUGAGAAUUCCUGUGAUGGAUUAGUUCAAAACCAAAUCUCUCUCCUCAUAUAAUCUGACUUCUCUGGACACUUUAUAUUUUGAAGAUUUCAAAAGACCAGAUGAGUUUGAGCUUACAUGAAGUCAUACAGUGUGGACCAUGACAUAACAAUUGGUACCAGCACCUGGGGGGGGCCCAGGCAGAACUCCAAGCACACUAACAGUACAGAGAGCAGCUCCUGAGUUAUUUUCUUCAACGCCAACACUCAGAGUAAUCAAAUUCCCCAAGAAAGAACUGACAGUGGUAACAAAGAACAUCUCAUCUGCUGCUCUAGAAAGAACUCCAAAGUUGAAAGGCUGUGGGCAGCCGUCCUCACAUAAUGCUGACAAGCAUUCUGUUCAUUUUGGAGUCGACCUGUCUGGGAUUGAGAGGGAAAUCCACCAUCUAUUCUUCCAGCCUGUAAGGCAAAGAAAAAGCAGCUGAAGAAAAAGAUAAAACUGAAAUGACAAGUAGUCAAUUUGAUUGUCAAUACUGCACGCUAUCCCUUAUUGGGAAGAAAUAUGUACUCAAGGAUGAUAAUCUAUACUGCGUCUCCUGCUAUGAUCGUAUCUUUUCUAACUAUUGUGAGCAGUGUAAAGAACCCAUUGAAUCAGACUCUAAGGAUCUUUGCUACAAAAACCGUCACUGGCAUGAAGGAUGCUUCAGGUGCAACAAAUGUCAUCACUCUUUGGUGGAAAAGCCUUUUGUUGCCAAGGAUGAGCGCCUGCUGUGCACAGACUGCUAUUCCAAUGAGUGUUCAUCCAAGUGCUUCCACUGCAAGAGAACCAUCAUGCCAGGCUCUCGGAAAAUGGAAUUUAAGGGCAAUUACUGGCAUGAAACCUGCUUUGUGUGUGAGCAUUGCCGACAGCCAAUAGGAACCAAGCCUUUGAUCUCCAAAGAGAGUGGCAAUUAUUGUGUGCCCUGUUUUGAGAAGGAGUUUGCUCAUUACUGCAACUUCUGUAAGAAGGUGAUAACUUCUGGUGGGAUAACCUUCCGUGACCAGAUAUGGCAUAAAGAGUGUUUUCUGUGCAGCGGCUGCAGGAAAGAGCUUUAUGAGGAGGCAUUUAUGUCAAAGGAUGAUUUCCCAUUCUGCCUGGAUUGCUACAACCAUCUUUAUGCUAAAAAGUGUGCAGCCUGCAACAAACCCAUCACUGGCCUCAGAGGUGCGAAGUUCAUCUGCUUUCAAGACCGCCAGUGGCACAGUGAGUGCUUCAAUUGUGGAAAGUGCUCGGUCUCCUUGGUGGGUGAAGGAUUCUUGACCCAGAACAUGGAAAUCUUAUGCCGCAAGUGUGGCUCCUCCGGGGCAGACACUGACGCAUAGAAAGAUACAAGUCUUUCCCCAUCUGAAAUCCACUUUUGCUCUCACUAAAUCUGGAUCUUAGCGGCA